CGACAACCUGCUACUACGAUCUCCGUUUUGUACCACUUACGGCUUGCUGGGGCUAUGCAACAGAAUCAUUGCGCAGCAGUCCGUCCUUGCGGGAUACUACUGCGCGUCGUCGUCAUGACAUGCUUCCCAUUCUAACUUCAAGUGUCAAGAGACAUUCAUUAUUACUCCCGAAAUCCUUCAAGUUCGGAGAGACUUCGCAACAAUUCUGAGAUCGCGGACAUGAAGUUGAAUUACAGUACGACCGCGGCCACGGGACCUGGACGCGGAAAAAUCCACCACUGUAUAUAGCGAAUUGACUCCGCUCAUGGGCGGCCGUCUUCUCUAUAGUAGGUGGCUCUGAAUACAUGGGGGAGACUCGGCUAAAACUACUAUAGAGGGGGGAAGCGAAUCUAGCCGCCUUGAAUCAUUCUCAGUGCAGCUAUCCAGCAAUGCCAUAUACUAGCAACUUGCAACGCUUCAGGUCCGCUAUGAUUCAGAUCAACCAUUGGGUCCGGAAAGCGCUGCGGGAACCUGGCAACACCUUGGAUCGCUGUCGGUCGCUUCCCUCAUGCGGAACUUGUGGCCGCAUCAUAUGCCCGUCGAGCAUCAAGAAAAUGCAACCAUGACCUAACGAAGGUCUGUCUCGUGCUCUGGCAGCGGGCCGCCAAGAAACAAUCCGACAAAUAUAAAUGCGCGCAGUGGACAUGGACGAAUUCGUCCCUCUCGACACCCGCCUGAGACACCCGCCUGAGAUGUUCGGAUUCGCAAAACUCGUCUCUUUUGUCCUUCUGGCUACGGCUCCCAUCGCGCUUUCGACCCCCGUGCCGGCUGAGCUCGCUGCUGCGAUCGACACUUCGUCGCACUGUGGUCAAUACGAUGCCGUCAACGUUGGUCCAUACACGCUGUAUCUGGACCAGUGGGGUCUCGGAUCAGGAGUUACCGGUUCCGACUGUGCUAGCCUCACAUCUCUGAGCGGCACGACGAUCGCUUGGAAAGCCGUAUGGACUUUUAACACAGCGAGCGGCGGAAUCAAGAGCUUUACGAACAUCAAUGUCAACACUGGGUUAAACAAGGCACUUUCAGCCAUCAAGACGAUGCCGAGCACAUGGAAAUGGUCUCAGAGCACAAGCUCUGUCGUGGCUGAUGUCGCUUACGACCUUUUCACUGCCAACAACGCAGGGGGCGCAAACGUUAACGAGAUCAUGAUCUGGCUUGCCAACUUCAAUGCUGGGCCUAUCUCGGCAUCGUACAAUGCCCAGGGUCAGCCCGUGGCCGUCGCCACGAACCUGUCCAUCGCCGGACACACCUGGAACCUGUACUUCGGCUCCAACGGCUCGAACAAUGUCUACUCUUUCCUUCCGACCAGCGGAACGAUCACCAGCUUCAGCGGAGAUUUGAACCUCUUCUUCAAGUACCUCACGGCAAACCGGGGCCUCAGUACAUCGCAAGUUCUGGUGACAGCCCAGGGUGGAACGGAGGCGACUUCCGGGUCUGCUACUUUGACGACUUCUGCAUUCAGCUUGGUGGUGAACUAGUCAGUAGUUGUCGAAGAAGUAGGGAAGAUCCCAUGCACAUGAAUGAAAUUCAAAUGAUACCAAAUAUCUCAC